AUGACAUUCUCUCAUCGAGUCAUUCUGCUGCUCGCGCUGGUUCUAAAAAUCUCCGGCGGCCUGCGCAGACGACCACUGAGGAGAGCACUCAGUGUGACACGCGGCAGCGGCGCCGAUGCUGACGACGGCGAGCCCCGACCACAGGCGCUGCGAGCACUCGGCGUGCCACGCGGCGGCAAUGAUGAUGAAAACGACGAGCCCUACGACGACGUCGACGACGAGCCGGAUGACGACGACGACGACGAGGCUAGAGCCGCUAAAGCAGCACAAAGGUGGACGCGGCGCGCCUUCGAGGCCGCGCAACGCGGCCGCCCCCGCGCCGCGGCGCACGCCUUCGAGAAAGCCUUGGAGCUGACGCCCGACGACGCACCGUAUAGAGCAGCAUUAUUAAUCAACGCGGGGUCUUAUUUAGCUUUCAGUGGACGGAGCGCGGACGCGUUGGGUCCGCUCAAGGAGGCGGCUCGAUUGGCGCCGGACGACGCUAGAGCUUUACACGCGCUGGGCAACGCCCUGCACCAGUGCGACGCGGCGGGCGACGCGUUGGAGGUCUACGCGCGAGCUUUACACGCGGCGCCCUCUCCCGACUUCCCGCCGAACGCGCCGCUGCUGAACAACGUCGCUACUAUUUUACUGGCCAGAGGCGAGCGUUCUCUCGCGAGAGGGGCGCUCGAGAAGUCGCUGGAGAUCGAGCCCCACGCGCCGGGCACUUUGUUCAAUCUCGCGACGGCGCGGUAUUCCGAUGCCUUAGAAACGCGGUCGCGGAAGCGGACGACGUCUCAGGCGUCGCGUAUCGUCGUCGAGGCCUCUUUUUCUCCAGGAAAGGCGGACGACGACAACGACGACGGCGGCGCGCUCGACGACGUAUUACGGUUGCUCGACGCGGCGGAGCCGCACGCGCCGCCCGGCAGUCCGCUGCGCGAGCGCGUGCUGGCUUUACGUGCGUGCGCGGCGAACCGCGUGCCUGGUAGAGCAGCAUUAGCCGCGGCGGACCUGCGCGACGUCCUCGAGCACGGCGCCGAGCACGCGCGCGACGCGCGGCGGCGCGGUGCGGCUCUAUUGGAGCUGUCGCGCGCGCUCCAGGACGACGCCGCGGCGCGGCGCGACGCGCUCGCCGAGGCCGUGGCGGUGCUCGACGCGGCGGCGCUCGCGGCGCCCGACGGCCGCGACGAGUACUCGCCGCUCGAGGCGCGGGGCGACGCGCCGCGCGCGCUGCGCGCGCGGGCGCGGCUCGAGCUCGGCCUGUCGCCGGCGUGCGACGACGCGGCCGAGGCGUUCGGCCACCUCGAGGCGGCGGCGGCGCUGGGCGCCGGCGGCGCGCGGCACGCGCGGCGCGCGGGCGCGCGCCUCGCCGCGCGCGACGCGAAGCGCUUCGACGCGAUCCUCGCGUCGCUGGCCGCGAACGACGCCCGCGCGGCCGUCGACGCGCUCGCGCGCGCCGUGCGCGGGGCGGCCGAGCGGGCGGCUUUUGGCGAGCGGGAGGAUUCUGAGGAGGAUAACGAUGUGUCUUGAGUAUAUCUUUGUUUUCCAAGCAGCAACGAGCAGACCCCGCGGCGGCUGGUGGCUAGCAGCCUAGCUCUAAGCAAAGCAACGAGCGCCGCGAACGUCGACGGGGACGUCGUCGCAAAACGGCCCUACACUGAAGAUACCACGUACCUGUCACAUCAAAACGAACCCACGGAGACUUCAUCGAUCGAUUUGAUCCCUCCGGAGCGCGCCGCGCGCAAGCGAGGCUAAAAAAAAAUAGGACACAACGUGGCACCCGCAAAACGGCUGCGCUCUCGCUGGUUUUACGACAUUUGGGUGUUUGCAGCCCUGCGCGGAGUCGCUCAUAAUCUCUGCUGGCUGCAGCGAUAGUCCAUAAAGUGCGGUUGCACAAAUAGCCAGUCAUCCCAAUAAUCUUACAAGAAAUCGGAUUACGGUGCGACGCUGCGACGCUGCGUUUUGUGCAUUUGCAUCGUUUGGGAAGACGCACUGAUAGCCGACGUCGACAUAAACAAAACAAAACGACAAAAAAAUGUCGAGCGAACCCGGCGCCGAGAAGGCGUUAGACAAGCUCAAGAAGCUCCCGCACAACCUGAAGUGCGCGAACUGCCAGGCCUUCGCGCAGCACGGGCAUGGAGCUGUCGUCAUGAAGUACGGCAUCUUCGUGUGUCAUACGUGCAAGUCCGCGCACCAGUCCUAUUCGCAUCUGUGCAAGUCCGUGACGAUGAGCUUCUGGACGCACAAGGAGGUCGACCAGCUGCGGAAGGGUGGGAACAAGCGCGCCCGCGCUACUUUUUUGGCCAAUAUGGACCCCUCGAACGCGAUCAAGCCCGGGGUUAGUUUACAAGCAGCGAAGACCUUCGUGGCCCUCGCGUACAACGAGAAGCUGUGGUACCAGGAGGGCGCCGUCGUGUCUAAUAAAGAGGAGGACGUGCCGAAGCCGCGCAAGGCCGUGAAGCCGAAGCUGCGCAAAGCACCGCAGGUGCGCCAGGUCACGCCGGCCGUCGACCUGCUCUGCCUCGACGACCCGGCGCCGGCGCCACCGGCCGCGGCGGCGUCGUCGUCGGGCUUCGCCUUCAUCGCGCCGCCGCCCGGGGAGCCCAAGGCGGCGCCGGCCGGCUUCGCGGCCUUCGAGUCCGCGCCGGCCGCGCCCGCCGAUUUGUUCGCGGCCGCGCCGGCGGCGCCGCCCGCGGCGCCGUUCGCCGCCUUCGGCGGCGCCAAGGUCGUGUCGCCGGCGCCGGCGCCCGCCGCGGAUGCCUCCUUCGACCCCUUCGGCGACAGCGGCGUCCUGAAGCCGACGCCCGCGACGAACGGCCACGCGAACGGCCACGCGGCGCCGGCGUCGAACGGCCACGCGGCGCCAAUGAUGAACGGCGCCGCGCCGAUGAUGAAUGGGUCGAGAAUGAACGGCGCGCCCAUGAACGGCGCCGCCUUCACGCCGCAGCCCAUGGCCCUCGGCGUCGCGCGGCCCGACGCGGCGCACGCGAUCUCGUCCAUGGGCCGCCUCGCGAUGGCGCCGCCGCCCGCGCGCGCGCCGUCGGCGCCGGCCUUCGCCGCGUUCGGGCUCCCGCCGCCGGCGGUGCCGCUCUCGCGCGGCGCCUCGGCGCCGCAGCCGCCUCACAACGGCGGCUGGGCGGCGUCGUUCCCGCCGCCGCCGCCGCCUCCGCCGCCGGCCAGCUGCUCUUCACCGCCCAUGAAGCACAACAUCUUACAGCCGAGCGGAGCGAAUAUCUCGAACAUGUUCAACUUCUAG